AUGGCUCCUAUCGCCAUGGUGAUGAAUGGAAAAUGGAUUGCGAAACUUUUACAACACAAAAUUUCUCGCGAACUUGGCUCUAACAAGUUUCUAACAACGUAUAUUUUACCGAUUAAAAUCUAUACUAUACCCAAGAAGGAUACAUUGCAUGAAAAGCCAUAUUUGAUUUAUCUGACUGUUUAUGAUUUUAUAAGAACAUUUGAAAGAUUUAUUGUUGAGCAUCUCAAACUUAGAGAAACAGUAACUGAACAAAGCAAGAACUUAGAAGCAACUGUCUGGUUGAUAGAAGCGAGUCAUUGUAAAAAAUUGCAUGAACUUAAAACUACUUUUGAG